AUGGGCGGCGCCGACAUCAACGUUGACGUUCUUGUCAUUGGCAUGGGACCUACUGGUCUCGGUGCUGCCAAGCGACUGAAUCAAAUCAAUGGCCCCUCGUGGCUGAUUGUCGACUCCUCAGACAAAGCUGGCGGUCUUGCUGGAACGGACACGACUGAAGAGGGUUUCUUAUACGACGUUGGUGGCCACGUCAUCUUCUCCCACUACCAGUACUUUGACGACUGUCUCGACGAAGCUCUUCCCAAACAGGAUGACUGGUACACUCACCAGCGCAUCUCCUACGUCCGGUACAAGGGCCUCUGGGUUCCCUACCCUUUCCAGAACAACAUCUCCAUCCUACCCAAGGAGGAUCAGAUCAAGGCCAUUGACGGACUCAUUGAUGCUGCCAUGGAGUGCCGUGUCGCCAACACCAAGCCCAAGGAUUUCGACCAGUGGAUCCUGAGAAUCCUGGGCGAAGGAAUUGCCGACAUGUUCAUGCGCCCCUACAACUACAAAGUCUGGGCUGUUCCCACCACCAAGAUGCAAUGCGAAUGGCUCGGUGAGCGUGUCGCCGCCCCAGAUAUCAAGACUGUCACCAAGAACGUCAUCCUGAACAAAGUUGCUGGCAACUGGGGACCCAACGCCACCUUCAGAUUCCCUGCCCGCGACGGCACGGGCGGCAUCUGGAUUGCUGUUGCCGAGACCCUUCCCAAGGAGAAGAAGCGCUUCGGCAAGCAUGGCGAGGUCACCAAGGUGGAUGCCGAUAAGAAGAUUGUCACAUUUGCCGACGGUAGCACCGUUGGUUACGGCAAGCUCAUCAACACCAUGGCCGUCGAUGACCUGGCGGAAAAGAUGGGCAACAAAGAACUCCAGACCUUGGUCAAGGGUCUCUUUUACUCCACCACCCACGUCAUCGGUGUCGGUAUUCGUGGUGAGCGCCCCGAGUACAUUGGCGACAAGUGCUGGCUGUACUUCCCCGAGGACGACUGCCCCUUUUACCGUGCCACCAUCUUUUCCAACUACUCUCCCUACAAUCAACCUCAGGCUGACAAAAAGCUGCCCACUCUGUAUCUUGCUGAUGGUACCAAAACCUCAUCCGAAGCCAAAGAGGGCCCUUACUGGUCCAUCAUGCUCGAGGUGUCCGAGUCCUCCAUGAAGCCUGUCGACGUCAAGAAUCUGCUCAGGGUCAGUAUUCAGGGAUUAGUCAAUACCGAGAUGCUUAAGCCUGAGGAUCAGAUCGUCUCCACCUAUCACCGUGCCUUCGAACACGGCUACCCCACGCCUUCCCUGGAGCGUGAGGGCGUCUUGAAGGAACUGUUGCCCAAGCUUCAGGACAUGGGUAUCUACUCGCGUGGACGGUUCGGCAGCUGGAGGUACGAAGUCGGCAAUCAGGACCACUCCUUCAUGCUCGGGGUGGAAGCCGUCGAUCAUAUUGUCAAUGGCGCUGUUGAGCUGACGCUCAACUACCCCGACUUUGUGAACAACCGAAAGAAUACUGAACGACGACUGGCGCAUUCCUUUGACUAUUCUGCCUCCACUCAGAUCAACGGCACCAACGGGACCGAACUGCCUUGUCGGGAUGGCGCUUCGCAGUCCAAGCAAAAAAGCGCAUAG